AUUUGCGGGUUAAAUUGAUUAGAAAAACAAAAAACAAAACCAGACUCUGUUUUUUUCUUUCUUCUUCUUCUUCUUCUUCUUCUUCUCUCUAACUUUCAAAAAGGCAAACAGUGUUUCAGUUUUAUCUCUCUUCUCUCUCUACUCACUACUCAUCACACACUGUUUUUCUGUUCUCCUCUGCUUCUUCUGGUGCUGCUGGUGAGAAAUGGUUAUUAGGGUUUCAGUUUCACUUCACAUUAAUCUCAUCUUCAGUUUUUGUUUUUGUCCCUAAUGCUUAAAGAAACACAGGCUCGAGAGGGCCAUUUCUUUGGUGUUCAUUUCUCUAUCAUUUUUAGUAGUUGAAGGAUUUUGGAAAGUGGGGUUGGUGUUAGAUUUUUGAGUUUGAAGCUUGAUUGUGAUAUUUUUAAGAAGCAUUUAUUGAAGCAGUAGUUUUUUUUCUUUUUCUUCUUCUUAUCUUUAGUAGUUGAAGUUGAUUGAUUGAUAGAGAAAGAAAGAGAAAGCAGAAGAAGAAGAAUAAUAAUUAGAUCUUUGAUUGCAAAUUUGGGUUUGAAGAGCACAGAAUUGUCUGUUUUUCUUCAACUGGAAGAAAAAAAUUUCUUGUUUUGAAACCAAGAUUUGGGUUUUGAAACUGAAAGCAGAAGAUAAAAGGAGCUUCUUUUUUUUGGUUUUUUUGGUUUUGUCUUCUGCAACUUUAUCUAUAAACCCAAGGACAAACAAGAUUUGAUUGACAAAGAAAGAGAUAUUCCAUCUGUAUCCCCAUACCCAGAUUCUCUGUUUUUGAACCCUUUAAUCCUAAAUUAAGAAUCUUUUUCACAACUUUUGGAUUUUGAGUUUGGUUAAAAAUGGCGAUGCUGGUGUCACAACAACAGCUACAUAGAGAAAGUAGCAGUGGAAGUAUUGGAAGUAUGGGAGGAGGAGGUGGUGGUGGAAAACAGAAUCAUCAUCAUAAUCAUCAUCUUGAUUCUGGGAAAUAUGUUAGAUAUACUACUGAACAAGUUGAAGCAUUAGAAAGAGUUUAUGCUGAAUGUCCUAAACCUUCUUCUAUGCGUCGUCAACAACUCAUUCGUGAUUGCCCCAUUCUCUCUAACAUUGAACCUAAACAGAUCAAAGUCUGGUUCCAAAAUCGAAGGUGCCGAGAGAAGCAGAGGAAAGAAGCAUCUAGACUACAGACAGUGAAUAAGAAAUUGACUGCAAUGAAUAAGUUGUUAAUGGAAGAGAACGAUCGGUUACAAAAACAAGUGUCUCAACUUGUUUAUGAGAAUAGUUACAUGCGGCAGCAACUACAAAAUGCAGCUGCUACAACAACUGAUACUAGUUGUGAGUCUGUUGUAACCACUCCUCAGCAUUCUUUAAGGGAUGCUAAUAACCCCGCUGGACUCCUUUCAAUUGCGGAGGAGACAUUGACAGAGUUCCUUUCAAAGGCUACAGGAACUGCUGUCAAUUGGGUCCAGAUGCCUGGGAUGAAGCCUGGUCCGGAUUCGGUAGGAAUCGUUGCAAUUUCACAAAGUUGUAGUGGAGUGGCAUCACGAGCCUGCGGUUUAGUAAGUUUAGAACCUACUAAGAUUGCAGAGAUUCUCAAAGAUCGCCCAUCCUGGUUUCGUGCUUGCCGAAGCCUCGAAGUAUUCACCAUGUUUCCUGCUGGAAAUGGAGGAUUGAUUGAAUUGAUAUACAUGCAGAUGUAUGCCCCAACCACCUUGGCUCCUGCACGGGACUUUUGGACUUUGAGAUACACAACUACUCUAGAAGACGGCAGUCUUGUGGUCUGCGAGAGAUCACUCUCUGGAGCUGGUGCUGGCCCAAAUGCAUCUGCUGCUACCCAGUUCGUUAGAGGUGAGAUGCUGCCAAGUGGUUUUCUGAUUCGACCGUGCGAGGGUGGAGGGUCUAUCAUUCACAUUGUUGACCACCUUGAUCUCGAGGCAUGGAGUGUACCCGAGGUGUUGCGGCCACUUUAUCAGUCAUCGAAGGUCUUAGCUCAGAAGAUGACUGUUGCAGCACUUCGCCAUGUCAGGCAAAUAGCUCAGGAGACUAGUGGUGAGGUGGUAUACGGCUUGGGAAGGCAGCCGGCUGUCCUACGAAACUUUAGCCAAAGAUUGAACAGGGGAUUCAACGACGCAGUCAAUGGAUUCAAUGAUGAUGGCUGGUCGUUGAUGAGCAAUGAUGGUGCUGAUGACGUAAUAGUUACAGUGAACUCUGGCAAAAACUUGAGCACCCUCUCUAACCCAGCUAAUGCUCUUACAUUAUCUGGAGGUGUCCUUUGUGUGAAGGCAUCCAUGCUUCUACAAAAUGUUCAUCCUGCGUUGCUGGUGCGUUUCUUGAGGGAGCACCGCUCUGAGUGGGCAGAUUAUAACUUUGAUGCCUAUUCAGCUGCUUCAUUGAAAUCUGGCUCUUAUGCGUAUGGAGGAUUGAGAUCGACUAGGUUCUCUGGCAGCCAAAUCAUCAUGCCUCUUGGCCACACAGUGGAACGUGAAGAGUUGCUUGAGAUUAUUCGCCUGGAAGGCCAUGCUCUUACCCAGGAAGAAGCUAUGAUGUCACGAGAUAUCCAUCUCCUACAGAUUUGUAGUGGAGUGGAUGAGAAUGCAGUGGGAGCCUGCUCUGAGCUUGUUUUCGCCCCUAUUGAUGAAAUGUUUCCAGAUGAUGCUCCACUUCUGCCUUCUGGCUUUCGCAUCAUACCGUUGGAUACAAGAACAGGUGAAACACAAGAUACAUUAACUGCACAUCGUACGUUAGACCUUGCGUCCAGUCUUGAAGUCGGCCCGUCCACGAACCGUGGUGCCGGAGAUGCGUCUCCUGGUACUCACAACAUGCGUUCAGUGUUGACCAUCGCGUUCCAGUUCCCUUUUGAGAGUCAUCUUCAGGAUAGUAUUGCUGCCAUGGCCCGGCAGUAUGUACGAAAUGUCAUCUCCUCUGUGCAGAGAGUUGCCAUGGCGAUAGCUCCUUCUGGUCCAGGCCUCCAGGUGGGGCCAAAGGUAUCUCCGGGAUCUCCCGAAGCUCUAACUCUUGCUCAAUGGAUCAACCAGAGCUAUAGUUACCACUUGGGGGCAGAUUUACUCAGGUCAAAUGGCGAAGGAGGUGACUCUAUAUUGAAGCUUCUAUGGCACCACCAGGAUGCUAUAUUGUGUUGCUCCGUGAAGCAAUUGCCUGUCUUCACAUUUGCAAACCAAGCUGGGCUGGACAUGCUGGAGACCACACUGGUAGCCCUUCAGGACAUAACACUUGAUAAGAUAUUCGACGAGUCAGGUCGGAAAGCUUUAUGCUCCGACUUUGCCAAGUUAAUGGAACAGGGUUCUGCUUAUUUACCAGCUGGAUUAUGCAUGUCAACCAUGGGUCGUCAUAUAUCAUACGAGCAAGUCAUUGCUUGGAAAGUACUCGCCGAGGACAAUUCUGUUCACUGCUUAGCCUUUGCAUUCGUCAACUGGUCUUUUGUUUGAACACUUUGUUUAUUUAUGAUUUCCCCCAAACCACUGUUAGCACCACCACCACUAGAUAAUCAAUCAAAAGAAAUCAAGAAAAGCAGGAAGCUUUUGUACUAGAAAAUCUUCUCUGUUUGCAUAUAUUUAAUUUAUUUUACUUUUAAUGAAGUCAUUAGUGUUUUAGCAUAAA